ACAGAAAGAGCCAAUCAGUAUCAACCAAUCCAGAUAUCGUAUGGACGCCAACGGCUUCGCUUCGGUGCCCAUGGAUGCGCCUAAGCGCCCGCGUGGGCGGCCUCCGUCGCGCGCCUGGGCCUUCUUCACGACCAUCACAGAGCCUCAAAAGCAGCCGUCGACUGCGUGUCGCCACUGUAACCAGGUCGUGCAUUAUCACAAGAAAUGGGCUCAAGCACGUGCCCAUUUGAUAAAAUGUCCCCAGUUCUUGCGGAUGAUCGACACAUUGCCACCCAAUGACGUGCCCGAGUGGUACCUGGCCGAGAUCAACCGACGCCAGCAAAUUGCUGCGCCGAUAAGGAGCGCUAAUAUCCCAGCCGUGUUCCAGCAGAAUCAGAUACCGACUCAGACACCAGCACCAGCACCGGCAACCCCGUUCAAAGUGAUUCAACCCAUCCUAUCACCUGUGGCAAUGGCAACAAUGAUGCCAAUGCAAACUGGAAAUGAAAAUAUGACAGUGAGAAAUGGCGUAAACAUGGAUUGGCAAAAAAUGGAAGAAAAUAUGGCAAUGCACAUGUUUACAACGCUGCAAAUGGAAUUUUUGCUGGACGAGAAAAUCGAGUUGCCGUUCUUGUUGCAAACUUUUCAAGCUUACAACGCGAAUAUUACGUUACCCACCAAGGAAAAAUUAAUGACGGAGCUACUGGACCGUUGCUAUGACAACGUCAGGACGCGGUUGCUAGGGUUUUUCAAAAGCGGAUUAGUGCCGGUGACGUUGUCGAUGGAUACUGAAGAUGACGAGGUGGCGAACUACAUGGCUACACUAGCGAGUUCGGAGAAGUACCCGAUGUAUCUGGAGUCAGUGAAAGUUCCAAGUGGUGGAGAUGCAGACGCCAACGCGGAGGUGGCAGCACGUGAUAUGACGAGAUUAGUGGAGAAAAUAUCGAGUCCAGUGGCGGGAUGUGUGAUGCCCUGCUCGACAGUGGAGAGUAGACAGACACGUGAGUUGUUGGAGAAACAGUUCCCUGCCAUGUAUUUCCACGGAUGCAUGCGAGACGCCUUGUUGUCUUUUGUUCGACAGCUUUUUGCUGGCAACAAAGACACACACAAUGAUAGAAAACGCCCUGUGACGGUGCCAUUCGCGCAGGAUUUACAGCAGUUCGCGUUGCAAUGCAAAGACCUCGCGUUCUUCCUACCACACCACGAGCAGCCGUCGUAUCUGAGCGGAGCUACAAGCAGCAAUAUGGUGCACGUGACAGCCAGGCGUCGCUUGACGGUAGAAGAAGCGUUUGUGGCCAUUCUCCAAGCCGAACCCUUUCUGGAUGUUGACAAUGUGUUGAACAGACUUGGAAAUGGGUCAAAUCGCGCUCACCAUCCCAGUGUUGCCCAUUUCCAGACUCAACUGGUGAAAAUCGUCCGCAGUCCUCAGUUCGUUGAGAAGCUGGGCAAGUAUUUGGAGCUGAUGCGUCCUAUUCAGUCCCUUCUUUCGUCCCUAAAUGAUACGACACCUUUGCUUCUUUCAGAGGUUUAUUCCUCCUUCUCGAGACUCGUGCAGCAGUUUGGAGCAAUGGCGUCGUUGCAGCCGGAAGAGAAGGCAGCGUUGCAAGCGCUAGUUCGACGACAACAGGAUCAUGUAAUGGGUUCAGCCCACUUGUUGGCCUACCUCUUGGACCCCGUCUUACUGGGCGAAGACUUGCCAGCAGACAUUAAAACUGAUACUGAGAAGAAGCUGAUGGCUUCGCUUCGUGGCGAUGGCACGCAACUCUCCGUUUCUGACAAAGAAGCGCUGUAUACUCAGUACGUGGAUUUCAAGAAGCACGCACUGAACCAGAAGACCAACAAGGCCGAUACCCUCGCUUUCCGAGCGCUGAAAGAGCGAAAAAAGUCCACGUUGCAGUUCUGGUUCGCUGAUGGCUCCAAGUGGCCUGUGUUGCAAGCUAUCGCGUGCCGUAUCUUUGUCAUGCCAGUGUGUGCACCAAGUUCAGCACGUGCAGUUAAGGAGGCAGGCGCAGCAUCAAGCGUUCUUCGACAUAAGAAGGACCUAUUAAUGAGUGAUAAGUUGACGUUUGUACGACUCAACUCGCGCCAACUGCGCCUGGCUGAGGUAGAGGGCAGCUCACUUGCGGCUCUUGUGAAAAAAGCUCCUAUUUCUAGCAAGGCCAACGAGAUCACAGCGUCAAUGGUUGUAUGAGUGGACAUGUAACCUUGAAGCACACUUCAUUGGAAUUUAAACACGGACGCUUGGUUCUUACGGGUAAAUCUCCAGUAGGUUUCGAAGGCCGUGUACAGCAUGUAGUUAGGAUCUGCUUUUAAGGCUUUAGGUGACAUGGUCCGUAUUUUUUCGUCAAUCUUCAGCUCCUCGCGCAUGCUCUUGAGUGUUUUGCCUUUAUUCUCAAGGCCAAUGAAGAGGUCGAUGUUCUUGGACCACAACCAAUCGCGUGCUUGCUCAGCCGUCACACCUUGAGGAAGGUGAAUCUUUCCCGUGUUAAAUAGUGCGUUUGCUUCCUCGAAACUCAUUGCCAGCAUUUUCGAGUUCCAACCCUCAAGUGCUGCUAAUGGCGAUACUCUUUCCUCGCCUUCUUCGCUGUCCUUUGCGCGGGUUCUUAAAACCCGAUUACUUCCACCGGCGUUGCUCAAUGCUGAGUUUGGCGAGUAAACACUAGGAUUGAGAUCUUGAGCCGCCGAUAUGUUCGCGAAGCUUGAACAGGCCACGACCAAAAGCACUAGUAGUAAGUGAUAGACCCACAUAGUUUGUAGGACUUCGAAAGUCGUAGGACUUGAGCUUGAUCUCUGGAUACAAAAUUGUAUAAUGCUCACUACGUUCAUUGUUUGAUAAGGUGCU